AUGACUGCUGACGCGAGCACUUCAAAUGCGUGGCUCUGUUCAGCCAAUCAACAGGCGUCUCGUCUGGUAUCCACACCUACCUUACAUCUGCCCUUAGGUGGCUCCACUCCAUUCGGGUGUGGUGGUGGUGCCUUCGAAAAAGCAGAGUACUUUUGGUGUGAGAAUGCAUUCUAUCACCGCAUGCCUCCAAGUCACAUAAUCCUCGCUGUCUCCGCCUGCCAGUGCUAUCACCUAAAACCGACGUGGUAUUCUGCAUUGCCCAACAGCGAUUGCGGCGGUGCUGUAAAAUAUACAACAAAACCUAGUACCUCAUUUCCACUGCCCAUGACAAGGGGGGAAUCUCUGGAUCACUUCUCAGUUGAGAGGCUAAUUUUGUCAUUGGAAUUGAUGCAGUUGGCCUCCAUUUCUCUUACUUAUGCCUUUACUGGCUAG